GAGCUGGGGAGAGCAAGACCAGUUUGAAGGGGAGGGCUGGCGCGAGGCAGGCAGCCCGUGAGGGUCUCCUCCCGCCGCCCAUCUCUCUCCUCUCUUCUUCCUACCUUCUCUCUUUGCCCUCAACUCCUUCCAAAACCCCCAAUUUAGCCUCCCCCCUGCCUCCCCCACCCCCACCCCCAAAAAACUUUUCCAGUCCGGAGAAAGCCGGGGAACGAGUGGGCGCCAGGCUCGCCAUGGAGCUGCUGUGCUGCGAGGUGGACCCGGUGCGCAGAGCCGUGCCGGACCGCAACCUGCUCUACGACGACCGCGUUCUGCAGAACUUGCUCACGAUUGAGGAGCGCUACCUUCCUCAGUGCUCCUACUUCAAAUGCGUGCAGAAGGAAAUCCAGCCCUUCAUGCGGAGGAUGGUGGCCACCUGGAUGCUGGAGGUCUGUGAGGAACAGAAGUGUGAAGAAGAGGUUUUCCCUUUGGCCAUGAAUUACCUGGACCGCUUCUUAGCUGGGGUCCCGACCCCUAAGUCCCAUCUGCAACUCCUGGGUGCUGUCUGCAUGUUCCUGGCCUCCAAGCUCAAAGAGACCAUCCCCCUGACUGCGGAGAAGCUGUGCAUUUACACCGACAACUCCAUCCGUCCUCAGGAGCUGCUGGAGUGGGAGCUGGUGGUGCUGGGCAAGUUGAAGUGGAACCUGGCAGCCGUCACCCCUCACGACUUCCUGGAGCACAUCCUGCGUAAACUGCCCCAGCCCAGGGAGAAGCUGCCGCUGAUCCGCAAGCAUGCGCAGACUUUCAUCGCUCUGUGCGCCACCGACUUUAAGUUCGCCAUGUACCCGCCAUCGAUGAUCGCAACUGGAAGUGUGGGAGCGGCCGUGUGUGGGCUCCAGACGGACGAGGACGUGUGCUCACUCACCAUCGAUGCCCUGACAGACAUGCUGGCCAGGAUCACCAACACGGAUGUGGAUUGUCUCAAAGCUUGCCAGGAGCAGAUCGAGGCGCUGCUGCUCAACAGCCUGCAGCAGUUCCGCGAGGACCAGGGCGAUGGAUCCAAGUCGGAGGAUGAACUGGACCAAGCCAGCACCCCCACGGAUGUGCGGGACAUCGACCUGUGAGGAUGGCAGUCGGGCGAUCAGGAGAGGCACACGUUCAUAAUCCACUCUCUCCUCUCCUUUGGUUGUGUUUUGUUCUUUGUGGUUUAGAAUGAAACUUAAAAAAAAAAAAAAAAAAAACUGCCCCCACCUAGAUCAUAUUUAAAGAUCUGUUAGAAGUGAGAGAAAAAUGAUCUACACAAACUGAAUAAUUAAAAGUGUUUGGUGCCUAUUUGAAGUACAACAGAAGGGAAUCCCUUUAUAUGCAAGCAGUUACUGUUUGGUUAUGUAAAAGUAAUAGUGAAAUGCUUCCAUGAAAACCUGCAGAAUAGUUAGAGAUAAUGUAUGCUUGUAAUAUGAAGACAGAUUAGAGGAGACUUUUUUUUUCAUGUUAUGAACUAGUGCAUAUACCCCCUUUUAGGAUAAUUUCAAGGAACUGCAUACGCCAUUUUUGGCUUGAUUAGAUUGCAAAGCAAUGAACUCAAGAACGAAUUAGAAAUUAGGAGGGACAUGAUGGGGAGGGAGCACGAAACAAUCUGUCAACAUGAUCGAACCAUUUUGGACGUUAGAAGCACCUUUGCCCUUGACCACCUGUUAUAAAGUCAAAAGUGUUGUUGGAUCUUACAUUAUGUAUUCUUGCUGUCUAUAGUAGCUGCUACCUAAAAAAGAAGAUGCUUUAUUUUGCCAGUUGGACACAGGUUUCUGGGUUUCGAGUUUUUUGACGUCCAGCUUCUUCUUCCAAACAUGGUUCAUUGCAGACACCACCAUAUUUGUAUCGAAUGGGGAAAUCCAGCCAUGGGCCGAAACCAAAACUCAAAUGAAAUGGAGGCAGAUGGAGAUCUAGGGUAGGAUUUGGAAUGGAAUCUUUUGUCCUAGUGUAUUAAAAAAGGGUAACAUGACCUUGGAAUCAAUCCCUUAUUAGGAAAAACUAAUUUUUGGUGCUGAUUGAUAUGUCUGGUCCACAGUUCAGCAUUGUUAUAAACCAUUCCAUUCGAAAAGCACUUUGAAAAAUUGUUCCCACGGGAUAGAUGGGAUGGUUUAUGCAAAUCUUCCCCUCCUCCUUUCCCUUCCCGCCCCCAGUCUGGAUUAACUUCUGGUAUCUGACAUUCUCUGAUACAUAGUUCUGGUAUCCCUGCCGGAGCUCAAGAGACACCCCUUUCCGCUGACAUUCCCGUCAUGACAUUCCUCACGAAGAUCUUUUACCGUUUCGAUGUCACAGAAGGCUCUUUUAAUUCCCACCUAUAUACUUUUCCUUUGGACAUGGAAAGAAAAGUUGUUGCUGGUGCAAAAGACAGAGGGCUGAACAUCAAGGUGUGGCAUUUUAUUCCCUUUUUUUUUUUUUUUUAAUAGUUUUAUUGCAACGUAAUAUGUAAAGUAUUAGCGUACUUGAAUUUUUUUUUUCCUCUCCUCUUCUUCGAGGCAUUCAGUUAGCAAAGAGGUUGGAGCAACAACUUUUUUUUUUUUUUUUUUGCACAGUUAUAAAUUGACAGGUGAUGAAGCUAUUAAAAUAUUUGCCUUUUUUUUUUUUUUUAAGAAGAAACAAAAAAUCAGAACAGGGCCACUUGGAAGAAUUAUUUUAUAAAAAGUUCUGCCUUGUUCGGUAGCAUGAGGGUUGAAGAUGGAGAAAAAUCUAAAGGUCUCUUAUUUUUCAUUUUAUUUUGUUCAGUUUUUUGUUUAAUUUGUUUUUUUUUUUUUUUUGCGCUGCUAAGAAGCUAAAAUCAUUCAUCCUUAUUCACAUUAACAGUAACUAGCUGUAAUGUUUCACAGAGUGUGCUGCUAUUUUAUAAACAUUUUUAUAAUAUAUUAUUUUACUGCUUAAAUUCCAAGUCCUGAAGUAGAUGGUUGAGAAAUGAGUUCUUCGUACUGGAAAAGCCCUUCCAUAGUUUGUUUUCUUCUGGUAGCGUAUUCAUGUUCUCUUUUUGGGGGAUUUUUUUUUUUUUUUUUUUUUUUUCCUGAUCGCAUUUUUCAAAGACAGAGCAUUCUUUACCUCAGGUUUACUGGACAAAAUCAAUAACUACAAAAGAAAACUAUUCAUGUUUUUGUUUUCAUAAUACCUCACAAUGUGCAGUUUCUGUUUGGGAGCCCAUUAGCGUAUAGACAAGAGAAGGUGAGAGGUGGCUGAACUCCCCUCCCAGUUGGAAGGCAGGGUAGAUUUGGCCCCAGGGCCUCACUCCCAGGGACCUUUUCUGCGGUGAAGGCCACCAGGCUCCCAUUUCAACUCUGGUCUCCUCAUCAUGAUGGAAAAAAUGCAUUGAACCAAGGGCUCUCCCGCCAAGCCAGAUGUUCAGCACAGACUUAUACAGUGGAUCAGGAAGUUGUAAUUUGCACUUAGGUACCAGGUAUCAGGAGACAGACUGAAAAGAAUUCCAGCAGGCUGUUUGGAGAUCCUCAUCUUGCUGCCCUCUGAAAAGCAGGGCUUUCAUCUGCUUAAGGCCCUUUCAUCUUGAAGGAUUCCCCUCUAUCUUUCCCUGUUCCUGACAUGGACAUCCCCAUUUAGGAUGGUCUUGGAGGUUUCCCUAGGUCUUUGUAUCCAUCUGCAGCAUACGGGCUCCCCUUGUCCCACCUGUCUUUGGCUGUGGCAAGCACUGUGCAUGGCCAGGCCCUCUGCUAAGCAGUGCUAAAUGGCUUUCAGGUUUUAAAUGACAUUGAAAUUGGCAUGAUAGGGAAAAUAGGUCAGACGAGUAUUGGAGAGUAGUUGAAGGGAAACAGAGAGGCUGCUUCUCUUUAAAUUCCAGAGGAGUCAGUCUCUAGAAGGGUGUUUAGAAAUACAGAGUUCAGGACUUUGUGAGUGAGAAUGACCCUGGAAUUCUAGGGAAUUUCUGGUGGGGUAGUGGGUGGUGAAUUCUAAAGCUAUGAAGAGAAAAGCUGAGCAGCCAGUUGGGUCAGCCAGUUGUUAUCAAGAGCCCACUUUGCACAGGACACUCUUCUGGGCCCCGACAAGUCCCAUAGAACGGAAGAGGCAUAGUCCCUGUUCUUAGGGGGCUUGGAGCGUGAAGAGAGAGCACGGCACGGAUUCAUUUAACAGUAACCAACCCUUGAGCUCAAACAGAAGCAACAAAUGAGAGAACCUGACAGAUAAGGAAGGGAACAGGCCUACCAGCUUCUACUUAGGGUCUGUAAACUUUCCCCUUUUUCUGUAGCCCCAGGUGCCACUGGGGCCUCUUGCUUUUUUCUCCUGUGUCCUUUGGGGCCUGGUGUGGCAGGCACAGAGUUGCUGAUGGGAAGGAUGCUGGGAUAUUUGGUGCUUCUGCCUGCUCCCUGUGAAAAUAAAGGAAGAAACUCUGAUGCCCUCUGCUUGGAUCUUGAUUUCCUUUGUAAAGAGUUUUUGUCCCAGAGGUGGAUUUGAACCUGCUCCUCCCCCCACCCCUUCUUACUUCCUACUAAAGGGGUUCCAAAUCUAUUCCAGUCUUUCUCUACCUUGUUGUCUUUCUAUCUCAUCUUUCCUCCUUUUUGUUUUUUUGGGAUUUUUUUUUCUCCAUCAGUGGGGCUAAGUUGUCCCCGCAGCCUGCCAAAUUUCCUUCCUUCCCCUAUUUUGGUCAAAUCCCAGAGGGGAACAUCCUAGUAUGCCAAAAAUAUAUGCUAAGCCUAAUUAAUAAUUCCACGUGGGCUCAUAAUAUAGCCAAGGAGCCUGCAGAUGGAAGCGAGGGACAGUGCCCUCAGCAGAAGGUCUCACAGGUGCUGGGAGGCGAGCUCCCUAAGAGAGGCGGCUGCCACUCUUGGAGGAGGCUUUAUCUGGAGUUGCCCCAGGACCCCACUGAGGGGCACACCAUGUCUCCCAGCAGGCCCCCCUCAGUCCCCCUCUGGUCUAGGUGCUUUGUACAAGAGGCUCUGUUCUUCCUCUUGUCAGCUAGGUCCGGGGCUUGCCUGCCUUGGAGGCUGUGGCCUUGGGCAAGGGCUGAAGUGUCAAAGGGGACCUCAUCAGACUGCAUCCCUUCGCUAGCAAGAUGGGCUUCUCUUCCGAGGAAGUUGUAGCUUUCCUUCCGCCCAGUGCCUUCGAGCCCUCAGGACUGUGCGCUGGGAUACCUGGGACCACCGGGAUAAGAGCAGUAGGCAGGACUGGAUAACUUUCUCAAAGAGGGCAGGGGGAUUUUCUCUCCGCGGGCCGCAGGGGACAGGGCUGGGAGGAGAAGUAGACUUGCACCUUAUAACAUGUAAAUAUUGACUUUCUAGUUCAGGAAGAUAAUAUUGGUAGAAUGGGGAUGGGAGGUAGGAAUGGGGAGGAAGUCUGAGUAAGCAGUUGGCUUCUAAGCCACAAGGAUUCCUCUUUGCUUAUCUUUGAGAAAGUCCAACCCUGAGAAUAGCUUUAAAAGGAAAUUCGUGCUGACGGUAACGUCCCCCCUAAGCCAACAAGCUCUCUGUAGCAAUAGAACGAGUGCAGGCUCCUGUUGGUGUAGACUCAGAGCGCUUUUCAAGAGCUGCUUAAGCAGCCAUCUAUUUGUACAAAAUAGGGUAGGAAGAUUCAAGAGGGUGUUUAUCACUUCCUAUACCACGUGGCUUUUAAUUAUUAUGGAUUCUAAACAACCCAGAAGAGUCAUUUCGGCCAGAGCUAUUCUUCUACAUUUGUGUGUCUCUGCUUUUAAACUUGGCUGGGCUGUCAGACCCGAUUGGUGGCUCAGGUUUCAAAAAGCCAUCAGCAAAUGUAUACAUGCAUGCUGGAGCUGCAACAUUUAUUCCUUUGCCUGCAGCCUACUUUGGGGAAACAAGUGCCUUACUAACUAGCCAUUACAGUAUCCGAUGUAUUACGACAGGUGCCUGUCCUUAAUGAAAGUUUUUAUUUUGUGUUUUGUUUUGUUUUUUCAUUAUUGGUUUUUAGUUCUUAAUGCUGGCCAACUAUUAAAUCACCAGCAAAUUAACCAGGCCAUUGGAUUUUUUUCAUUAUGUUCAAUACCCUUUUACCAUGUACCUCAGAUCUCUCUCUCUCUCUCUCUCUCUCUCUCUCUAUCAGUUACACAGUUUGUAGUUUUGGACUUUUUUUUUCUUUUUAUUUUGCUUUAAAAUGAGUGUGAUGCCGUAUCAAGAUGUUAUUCUCUCACAAUGUACUCUUUAAGAGGUGUGGGUGUUUAUUUGGUCGGGAUGCUAGAAAGUGCUCAAGUAGCGUGAUCAGUGUAAACAAAAAGUUUUUAGAAAGUAUGAAGCAAAAUGUUUUAUUGGCUGUGAUUGUGACAUGGUAUAGUCAGCUGCCUUUUAAGCAGUCUUAUCUGUUCAGUGUUAAGCAAUUUAAAAAAUAAUAACCUGUUCUUUUGACUAGCUUAAAGAUGGAUUUGAAAAUGGUUUUGGAUGCCAUUAGGUUAUGCUAUUUGGACAAUAAACUCACCUUGACCUAAA